GCCUGUAGAGGGCGGCGUUGCGCUCUCCAGUGUGCAGCCUGCCGGAGAGGCACCAGACAGAAGAAGAAGAAGUGUCCGCCUGCUGAGUCUCUCGUCCCCGUCGUGGACGAACACGUUCAACACUACACCGGUGACUCAGACAACGACCGCAGGAGUGUCUCUCGCCACCAUGGUGAACCAGGCUCCACGAGGGGAGGGCAGCUGGAGCGACUCCAGCGGGGCCAGCAACAGCGGCGGGGAGAGCUCCAAGGAGAGCUCCCGCAGCUCCACGCCCGUGCUCGACGCGGACCGCUCGGACCGACUGCGGGACAAGAUGCGGAGGAGGAUGGAGUCGGCGGACCGCUGGUUCUCGCUGGAGUUCUUCCCUCCUCGCACAACCAGUGGCGCUGUCAACCUCCUCUCCAGAUUUGACCGAAUGGGCUCCGGCGGCCCCUUGUUCAUCGACAUCACCUGGCACCCAGCGGGCGAUCCGGGCUCCGACAAGGAAACCUCCUCCAUGAUGAUUGCCAGCACGGCAGUCAACUAUUGUGGCCUAGAGAGCGUCCUCCACCUGACCUGCUGCAACCAGACCAGAGAGAUUAUCACUGGGCACCUGGCCAAGGCAAAGCACCUGGGCCUCAAGAACAUCAUGGCCCUUAGAGGAGACCCAGUGGGAGCAGACUGGGAAGAAGAGGAUGGGGGCUUCAACUAUGCCAUUGACCUUGUUAAACAUAUCCGUUCAGAGUUUGAUGACUACUUUGACAUUUGUGUUGCUGGCUACCCCACAGGCCACCCUGAGGCUGAGAGCUAUGAGGAGGAUCUCCGACACCUUAAGGAGAAGGUGGAUGCUGGAGCAGACUUUGUAAUCACCCAGCUGUUCUUCAGAUCAGACACUUUCCUCAAGUUUCUGGAUGACUGCAGAGCCAUUGGUAUCACAUGUCCCAUCCUACCUGGCAUCUUCCCCAUUCAGGGCUACCAGUCCCUGCGUCAGCUUGUCAAGCUAUCAAAACUUGAGGUGCCAGAGGAGAUCACCAACGUCAUUGAGCCCAUCAAAGACAACGAUGCUGCUAUACGCAACUAUGGGAUACACCAGGCCGUGGAGAUGUGCCGCGUGCUACUGGACAGUGGCAAAGUACCAGGCCUUCACUUCUACACACUAAAUCGAGAGGUCGCCACCAUGGAGGUGCUCAGACAGCUGGGACUGUGGAUAGAAGACCCGAGGCGGCCUCUUCCCUGGGCGGUAAGUGCCCAUCCCAAACGGAAAGUAGAAGAUGUUCGACCCAUCUUCUGGGCUUCCAGACCAAAGAGCUAUAUCUACAGAACCCAGGACUGGGAUGAGUUCCCCAACGGCAGAUGGGGAAACUCCUCAUCUCCAGCUUUUGGCGAGUUAAACGACUACUACUUGUUCUACCUGAAGAGCAAGUCGUCUAAAGAUGCACUGCUGCAUAUGUGGGGUGAGGAGCUGAUGAAGGAAGAGAGCGUGUUUGAGGUCUUCACCUGCUACAUCACAGCCCAGCCAAACUGCAGUGGACAAAAGGUGAUGUGUCUUCCAUGGAAUGAUGAGCCACUGGCCCCAGAGACCAACCUGAUGAAGGAUGAGCUGGAGAAGGUGAACAGACGAGGAGUCCUAACAAUCAACUCCCAACCCAACAUCAAUGGCAAACCCUCCACAGACCCUAUAGUGGGCUGGGGACCUGCAGGAGGCUACGUCUUUCAGAAGGCCUAUCUGGAGUUCUUCACUUCCAGUGAAAAUGUGACCGCUCUCCUCAAAGUACUGAAGAAGUAUGAGCCCCGUGUCAACUACCACAUUGUCAAUGUGCAUGGACGAAACCUGACCAAUGCCCUUGACUUCCAACCUAACGCUGUGACAUGGGGCAUCUUCCCUGGCCGGGAGAUUGUUCAACCCACUGUGGUGGACCCAGUCAGCUUCAUGUUCUGGAAGGAUGAGGCUUUUGCCUUGUGGAUUGAGCAGUGGGCCAAACUUUACGAAGACGAGUCUCCUUCACGGAUGAUCAUCAAGUAUAUUCACGAUAACUACUUCCUGGUCAAUCUGGUGGACAAUGACUUUCCUCUGGAGAACUGUCUUUGGCAGGUCAUUGAAGACAUGUUUGAAAUGCUGGACGCGCCUCCAGAGCCAGUCUGAAUAAAAUAGAUCAUUUGAAACCACUUUUUAUGGAAAGUAA